AUGACGAGCCUCCAGCCCCGCGAGCCCUACUCCCCCGAGGAGUUGGACCGGCUCUAUCCAAAGACACUCAAGUUACAAUUGGUGCAAGUGUUCCUUCGUCAUGGUGAACGCACACCUGUUUCCUCGCGCUUCCAAAAUGUAAAUUUCCUUGCUCUGUUCGAUUGGCCGUACUGUGGUGUCGCGAGACGUAUGGUGCAGAUGGCAGCCAGUAACCAGGAGCUUUCCUCUUGGAAUGGCUUCCAAUGGCGCCGGAAGAUGGAGUCCUUUGGCAGCAAUGACCAGUCCAUUGUUGCGGUAGGUGCUGGCGAUGAGAUUGAAGGCAUUUGUCAACAUGGAGAGCUUACGGAUAAAGGGCGCGAAACUACGUACGCGCUCGGACGCCGCCUGCGCCAUCUCUAUGUCGAUCAGCUUGGUUUUAUGCCUGCGAUCAAGAAUGAUGCGGAGGACAUGUACCUGCGGGCAACGCCGAUCCCCCGUGCUCUGGAAUCCUUGCAGCAGGCGUUCUGGGGUAUGUACCCGGCCAAUGCGCGCACCCUGGAAUUUCCUCCGCCCGUGAUCGUUGCUCGGUCGGUUUCGGAUGAAACACUUUUCCCAAAUGAGGGCAACUGCCGACGAUUCCGCCAACUUGCUCGUCUUUUCGCCGACCGCGCGGCGACGCGAUGGAAUGAUUCCGAGCAGAUGGCCUAUCUGAACAAGCUCUGGUCCAAGCACAUGCCGGAGGCCUCACCCAAAGUUGCGGUCGAUGCGCAUCCUCGCCUUUCUGGUAUUAUGGAUACCAUUAACGCUUCUGAUGCGCAUGGACCGGCUACCAAGCUCCCCUCUGAAUUCUAUGAUAAGAAGGGUCGUGCCGUUUUGGAUCGCAUUGCCGUCGAAGAAUGGUUUGCUGGCUACAAUGAGAGCAACGAGUACCGUAAGCUAGGCAUCGGUGCUCUCAUGGGCGACGUGGUUGAUCGUAUGGUCAGCACUGCCGUUGACGGUGGCUGGCGCAGUGAGACAUCGGCUUCUGGGUCUGGUAACCCUGGAGCUGGCAAGUCAAUCAAAUUCGCCAUGAGCGGAUGCCAUGACACUACCCUUGCUGCGAUUCUGUCGAGUCUAGGUGGCUUCCAGGAUGGUUCAUGGCCACCCUUCACCUCAUCUGUUGCCAUUGAACUGUUCUCGCAAGCCCCUAACAACCGAGCCGAUGCUGGCUCAAUGCUUGAGGAGUUCGCUAACCCGCCUGUCACUGCUAAGAAACCUGGUAUGUUCUCGUCGCUGCUUGGUGGUGGCAAGUCCGUGUCUCAACAACUGGCCCCGUCUGAAACUGCGCGCGCACCUCUUGAGUCUUUCCCCGAGGAGACUCGCGAGUCUUUGCGCAAGCACUACGUCCGCAUCCGCUAUAACGACCGCCCGGUCACCAUUCCUGGCUGUGCCGCAAACGCCGGGAACCACCUCCCUGGUGAUGAGACAUUCUGCACCCUGGACGCUUUCAAGGAGAUUGUGGAUAAAUUCACCCCGAAGAGCUGGCAAGCGGAGUGUAUGCAGAACCUCGGCCAGGGUCUGUUCGGCCCUGACGACAAGGAACGUAUCACUGCUGGAUUUAGAUGA